AGAACGCCCUUGAGAAAGCAGACAUGUCCACACCGGAGCCAGUUGACAUUACCCCAAAGAAGGAUGGAGGAGUGCUUAAAACAAUCAAGAAGGAAGGAACGGGUACGGCGAAGCCUACUGCUGGAACUACUGUGAAGGUACAUUACGUCGGUACACUUGAAAAUGGCGAGAAGUUUGACUCUAGUCGCGACCGCGCCAGCGAAUUUUCGUUCUUGUUGGGUCGAGAGCAGGUCAUCAAAGGAUGGGAUCUUGGUGUUGCUACGAUGAAGAGAGGAGAAAUUGCUGACUUCAAAAUCCGAUCCGAUUAUGGUUAUGGUGAAAGCGGUAGUAUGCCGAAAAUUCCACCGAACGCCACAUUGAAUUUUGAGGUGGAACUUAUCGAUUGGCAAGCUGAAGAUAUAUCUCCAAAUCGCGAUGGCACAAUUACGCGCAGUGUCAUCGUGGAGGGCGAAAAGCUUGCAAAUCCAAAUGAUACUAGUCCGGUCGAAGUUCAUGCUGUGGGAACUUACGAGGGAAAAGUUUUCUUUGACAAAGAUGUUAACUUCGUGCUUGGAGAAGGAUCUGAGGUUGGUCUGCCUGAAGGAGUUGAUCGUGCUCUCCGACGCUUCUGUCGUGGAGAAAAAUCUAUUAUCAAACUAAGUGGCACUAAGUUCACUUAUGGACCCAAUCCUCCUCCUGAAUACAAUCUGCCUCCUAACGCUACAAUCGAAUUUACCAUAUUUUUAAAAAGCUUCGAGAAGGUUCCUGCAACUUGGGAAAUGACGUCAGAAAAGAAAAUCGAAGAGGCCACGCUUGCAAAAGACCGUGGCACCGCUUUCUUGAGACAGAAUAAGUUAAAGCUGGCUUUCAAUAAGUACAAACGAAUUGAGGACAUCCUUGAGUAUGAGAAAAGCAUGGAUCCUGCACAGAAGAAGGCUCGAGAUGAUCUCAUACUAGCUGCUUACCUUAAUCUCUCGCUGACGGCAUCGAAGAUGGGUGAACAUCUGGAUUGCAUUAAAUACUGCGACAAGGCGCUUGAGCAGUCUCCUAAUAACGUAAAGGCGCUUUAUCGCAAAGCUGGAGCGCGUCUUGCGAUGUCGGAUCUUGAAGAAGCGAAGCAGAUCUACGAGAAGGUGUUGGAAAUUGACCCAGAGAACAAGGCUGCUGCUCAGCAAAUCCUUGUAGUUCGUCAGAUGAUGCGAGAGCAGAAUGAGAGGGACAAAAAACGUUAUAAAAAUUUGUUCUCUAAAAUUUCUGAUGAACCGAAGACCGAAAAGCCGAAUCCAUUCCAGGAGGAGAAGAAAGGUGACGAGCCACAGCUAGUGGACGCGUAAUCGCCCAAAAGGUUUUGGAUUCACUUCUGUAUAACGGCGCCAUUUCGUAGUGGUUAAAUAGUAUCGAAUUUCCUAUUGAUAUUUCCGUUACUUAUUAUGAUUUAUCAGUAACUGUGGUAGUCGCUGAUAUGCAUGAUCUUUAAGAAGCGACUACGUGUUAAUAUGGUCAUCGUGGCUCGUUUCGUUAUCCGUUGUUUUCCCCGAUGAAUGAUCUUGUUGUGCAAAUUCACGGUUUUGUCUUUGUGGUCAUAUUUAUGUUUUCGUUCAGGAUUUCACAUAAAGUGCCCCC